AAAUUAAAAUUAAAUUUUUUUUUGAUAAAAAUCAGGAAGGUUUUGAAGAUGCUAAUUAAUAAGAUAAAAAUCGACAAGAAUAAUAUUUUAUCGAUUGAUUCUGGAACUAAUUCCGGAGAAGAUGCAAAUCCUAAAUUUUCGUUCGCAAAUAAUUUUCGACUAAUAAAAUCCACGUCGCUUUCAAUAUUAUUCGCUUUGAUAUUUCUAGCAUUCCUGUCUCAAAUUGGUAGUGGUCAGGCCGCUCUAAUAAUCACUCCCAAUAUAACCCAAAUCAGAAAACAAGGCGACAAUUUUUACCUGGAAUGCACUGUAACAGGGGGAGACGGCGUGGGAUUUUAUUGGACCUACCCGAAUGGAACUAUCAUACCUUAUCAAGGAACGAGGUUUAUCAGUCAAUCGGAUCAAUGUUUAGGACACAACUGUUCCAUUUUGUUAUUUAACGAUAUCAGGAAAGAAGAUGAAGGAAUAUACACCUGCGUGGCGAAUGUGAAGCAAUACGUGGAAAAGAAAGGAAUUCUCCUUAGGAUAUACGAACCCAUAAAGUUUACGCAUGCUCCUAAAAUUCAAAAUUAUACCCUUGGGCAAAAUGCUUUAAUUCACUGUGUGGCUACUAGUAUGACCAACUUAAGCGUCGAUUGGAAGAAAAAUGCGAAGAUUAUUACCAAAAGUGGAAAAUAUCAACCAACGAAGGAUGGACUCUGGGUAAAUAAUUUUGAUAAGCAAGACAACGGAACUUUUACAUGCAGAGCUAAAGAAUAUGGAUUAUUUUAUGCCACUGCUUCCAUUGAUAUCGAUGUCAACGUUUGGUACCCCACGGCUAUAAUCGAUAAACCGGAUCCUAACAUACGAGCCCUAAUAGGUGAACAGGUAAAUUUAACGUGUCGAACAGAGGGAAAUCCCAUUUCCACGAUUUCAUGGUACAAUAACAAUUUUCUAGUUAGAAAUGUUACAAAUGACAUAACCGUACUUAAUGACCGCAAUGGAACCAGCGUCUUAUUGAUUAAUCUGAGAAAAGUAAAUGAUUUUGGUCGUUAUAUAUGCAGAGCUUAUAAUUCUAUCAAGGGGCCAGUAGAAUUUGUCUAUGACGUCAAAGAAGCUGACAUACCUAACGAAGUUCAAGAGAUAGAAAUUAUAGCAGUUAAAGCCAAUUCUGUGGAAAUACGUAUAAUGCCCCCCGCUUAUGAUGGAGGGUCAGAAGUUUUAUAUUACAUGCUUCAAUAUAAAUCUCAAGAACUUGGGUGGGAUAAUAGUUCUAUUCUCAAAAUUCCGGCAGAUUCACUUAGAUAUACAAUCACGGGUUUAAAGCCUACCACUAAAUAUGACAUGGAAAUAGUGCCAGUUAAUGCGAAAGGUAAAGGGAUGCCUUUUGUUGCAAACUUCUCUACGAAUGACGAUACCUCUCCAAGUUCCGCUAUAAAUUUAAUGACGCGUUUCAGCUCUAUUCAACUUUUGUUUUACAUCCUUUUACCUUUACUAUUUAAAAUAAUUUUUCAUUGAUUCAUCUUGACAUAACGUACUCCCCUCUUUUGUUGAAACAAUAGCAUUAAAUUUAUCAAAUCAAUCCAGAGUAAAACAUUAUUAUUAAAAAUAUAUAAAAUGGCGGCGAAUAUCUAAUUAUUUUCGAUGACAUUUGUAAAUAUAUUAUAUUUUUUUAAAAAAUGAUUACAUUUUUAUUUUACUUCUUAAAUUAUUGAAAAUUUUGAUUUCGAACCUAUAAUAUACAACAAUUAAUCUAUUCAAACAACAAAAAAACCAAAUGUCUGCACCCUAACCGCGGAAAAAAUUUCUAUCAUUCAUUCAAUCACUUUUCAUUUUUUAAAAAAAUAAGAAUAUUAAUUCACUAUAAUAUUAUAUAAAAUUUAAUGAAUUUAUUUCUCGCAUAAUAAUGGGCUAAUUUAAUAUUAUUAUACUUUUCCACUCCCUACAAACAAAUCUUUCUUUAAAUGCAAAACGGCGAUUCGCGCCGCAUUAUUAAUUAGAAUUAUUUUUAGAGCGACCCACUUUAAUCAUAUUUAUCUACAAUCCAAAUUUUUUUCUGCUAUAAUUAUUCUAUGAUUAUUUUAUUUUUUAUCAUGAUAAAGAAAUGGGAAUUUUUUAAGUUACAUAAUAUUAUUAUCUUAAAGAGUAA